AUGUCUCAAGAUAUAAUAACCCAAGUGACUCCGGAGUCAAAUGUUCCAGCAUCUACAACCACUACAUAUAUAGCUGAUGAAGAUCGUUCUAUUGAUUAUAAUUCGAAAAUUCAUUUAAAUGUCCGUGGGAUAAAUUUUAAAAUUACAAGAGAUGAAUUAAUGAGUUUACCUGAAUCAAUAUUGUUAUGUCUAUUCCCCAAUGGAGUAUUUCUUGAUAUUGAUGGUCAAGUUAUAACAAAUUUAACAGAAGAUGAUAUUGUUUAUGUUAAUUUUGAUCCUUUGGCAUUCGAAUAUAUAAUUAAUGUAUUUAAUAAAGCUCAAAAAGAUCUAGAAGAGAACAAUUACAACAACAAUAACCUAACUCCAAUAACAUCAUAUGAUAAGAAUAAGGAGAAUAUUUUACAAACAAAACCAUCAAUAAUUGUGUUACGUGAAGAUUUAGAUUUUUAUGUUAUUCCCCCGAUUGAAGGGCUCGAUUUCAAUGAAAUGAAAAUGUUAAAAAUUGGAGUUAGUAAAGAAUUACUAGAUAAUCGAUUGAUUUUCCUGGGUUUGGGUUAUAAAUUUGAAUCUGAUGGUUCUGAAAGUUUAGGUCCCGCUGAAAAACAUCUUUUUGAUAUGUUAUGUUCUUCUGGAUUUGAAGUUAAUGAUUCAUGGGGUUCAAGAAGUUUAGAACCUGGAAAAUGUGUGAUUUCAAGCUUACAACUCGUUAGAUUAAAAACAAAUAAAAAUGAAACACCACCAGAGUCACCAAAUUUAACUCCUGUGACUUCAAAUGCAAGCACCUCAAAAGUUUCCGAGAAAGAUAGACUGAGAUCAAGAUCGAGAAUCGCUCAAUUGGCUAAUUCCGCAAGAGCUGCUUCAAGAUCAUUAUCAAGUAAACGUAGAAGUCAAAUUGAUUCAAAUCAGACUAAAUUGUUAUUAUUUUGGAGAAAGCCUGCUAGAAAAUGUUGGUGGAGUCAUGAUUAUAUAAAUGUUGAAAUUGAAACACCAAAGGAUCUAAAACUGUUGCUGAAUUUAAUAAAUAAGGACAGUGGGAAGUUGAAGUUGAAAGUUCAUAUUAGAAGAGUUUGGACUUUGGAGUUGUCUGUUAUUGGUGUACAGUAA